AUGACGCUGUCUGCGGCUCUGUCAGUUCCGUCCGUCUGUCGCAUGUUUUCAAAGAUAAACUUAUUACAAUUUUAGAAGACGAUUUACUUUUAACGCACAAUAGAAAUGCAAUGGACACGUUUGUGAUAUGAAUCUACUAGUUUAUUCGGAUUUGGAGCAUAGCAGAGCUGCAGUAGACUGUGGAUGGAGUCAGCACAGGAGGCUUCUUCUGUAGUUCCCUCAGAAACAGGAGGCGUUCAUAUCCAUCUGGGUCAUCCACAUCAGAAAGAUGGUCAAGUAUUUCUGUAGCUACACAGACAUCCGGAGUACAUGGGAUCAAGUGGUCCUUGCUUUCUGGCAGAGGUACCCCAAUCCUUUCAGCACUCAUGUCCUCACAGAGGAUGUAGUGUAUCGGGAGGUGACUGCGGACGACCGGCUCCUCUCCAGGCGUCUCCUGAUGAAGACCAAUCGUCUGCCUCGAUGGGCAGAGCGAUUCUUCCCGUUGGGCAUGUCACGCUCCGUCUACAUCGUGGAGGACUCCAUUGUGGAUCCUGUCAACAGGAGCCUGACCACAUACACAUGGAACCUGAACCACACCACUCUCAUGUCAGUGGAAGAACGCUGCAUCUUUGUAGACUCAGAGGAGCAGCCAACCGCCACUCAGCUCAAACGAGAAGCCUGGAUUUCUUCAAGCAUUUAUGGCUUCUCCAGACCUAUACAGGAAUUUGGAUUGGCUCGCUUUAAGAGUAACCAGGGAAAGGCGAUGAAAGGCCUGGAAUAUGCACUGUCUAAUUUACAGGGAGAGACGCCCCAGUGGCUGCUCCGGGGCUCCGUGAAAGAGGUGUCGGGGAAGGCUAAAGAGGCGGCAAAAACCUUAGCGACAGCAGCUAGCCCCCAGCAGAAGCCCCAGCAAUAUGUGUGACCCCCCCCAGGUUCACACAGGAGCAACCCGAGUCACAUAUAACAGAACUGCUGGACUGGGUGGGGUGAGAGCUCAAUGGAUGCUGCUCUUUUUCUCAUCUUUAUUCUUGAAUCUCAGGACUGGAGCUUUUGUAUGAAAUGAUCUGGCUUUAAACGUUCUGACUUUGACAAGCAUAAAUGAGCUGGAAAACGCACACUGCACCAUGACCCAUGCAGUCCCACAUUUUUUAUACAAGGUGAUUUCACAUAGGGCACACUGGCAUCUGUUUAAAACUGGUAAGUUAAUUGUAACGAUUAUAAAGAAUCUGCAAAAUAGAAUAGCUGUAAGUAAAAGGCACACAGUGUAACUUUUCUAGUUGAGGGUCAGCCACCUUUUUUGUUUCCAUGGAGAUGUCAUUGCUUUGCCUGGAAAUUUACACAUUAUGGUUGCAUUUUUUGAAUUACGCUUGUUUGUUAGUUUUGUUUGUUUUUUUACAAAUUGAAAAACAUGCAUUCUUACUGUGCGAACUCGCCUCUCCACAGAUCUGACCUGUAACUUGAUUUUAUGCUGUCACCUACAUCCAAGGAGAUAAAUAUAUUUAAAGCCAUACUGUGGAACACUCCGGGCAAAGCAAAAGAAAAGUGUAAUUCUGUCGACAAACAUUUUUGUCCAUCCAUCCAUCCAUUUUCUUCUCGUAUUCAUUGCCAGGUCGUGGGGGCAGAAGUUUAAGGAGGGAGUCCCAGACUUGCCCCAGCCCAGACACUUCCUCCAGCUCCUCCGGUGGGACCCCAAGGCAUUCCCAGGCCAUUGUCCCUCCAGCGCGUCCUGGGUCUUCCCCAAAAUUUUUGUCCAGUUGACAGAAUUGAACUGGGUGAUAACACAGACACUCUGGGCAAAACAGUAAUUUCAGGGAGACCAGUAGAUGACAGACCCUCCACUGCAAAAGUUACACAGUGUACCUUUAAUAUAAACAGAUGAAAAACAACAAUUGACUUUUCAAGAGAUUUAGCACAAAUGAGUCUUAAUGGGGUGAUAUUGCAACAAUUCAUUAAUGUUUGAUUCAUUCCCACACAAGAGGAAUAGGUUUUUGUCACAAGGGUUACCACUUUUGAGACCUCAUUCACUCCCAUGUCUGCUCAUUUUAAUAUAUAUUUGCAUGUUUUUUAGGGGGGUUGCGGUGAAACAGGGGGAGAUGCUCAGUAAGACAAACGGAUUGCCAGAAAUUAUGAACCACACUAUACAAAGCUAAGGGCAGACUUUGAACUGCUAAAAACUGAAAUUUUGCAUUACAGUUAGGUCAUACUUCACUGCCUCCUGCUACUUACUUGUGUUAAAAUUGCUUAUUUAUAUCAUUAUUGUUUUAGUUAGUGACAGAAAGACUUGUGUAUGCUAUGAUUUCACUGGUGGAUAGUUUUUUCAACUGUACCAAAGUGACUUAAACUGAAACAUCCUGAAGAUUUCAUGCCUGAGAUGAGCCGCUGACUGUUCUACUGUACACGUUCAUGUUAUCAAUGACAUUCCGCUAUGAAGAGAACUUAUUUUCUGCAAGACUUGAAAACUAUAUUUAAUAAUGUUUUUUUUUCUUUUUGAGUAAUUAUUCAAUUGCUGUAAAACUGUACAAUUUUGAUUGGUUUAGAAGGAGAAGUGACCUUUCAAAGCUCUGUGUUGUCUUACCUUUUCUUGUGGAAAUAAAAUUGAUUUAGAGACUUUA